ACGGCGGAUAUCUGGAAAGCCGAGGCGUCCAUUUCUCUGACCACCACCGCCACCACCUUCGACUUCUCUUCCCCGCCGUCUCUCAAAACUAUAUGUGGAGCGACCGCACCACCAUCUUCUCUCCUCCAAACUUCAAGAAGCGAAACUAGGUUAUUCUCCUUAAAGAACUCAAAUUUACUUUCCAAUCUUUCUCGAUCGGGUUAUUCAUGCCACAUGAUGGAGGAUUCUAGGGGUAGAAAGACUGCUUGUGGGAUAAUCAUUAGCAAAGGUGGAUGCAGCAUUACUUAUAGAGAACAGAAGUGCCAUGAUAGAAGCAUCCGCUAUUGUAGCCGGUUAGGAUGCUGUGCUAGUCUCCAUUCGAAGAAGCAUGUAGCAGAACAAGAAAAAAAAUCCCUUCGCUCUAGCUCAUUCAAAUCAUUGUCUUCAAUUGGUUUUAAAGAACCUAGAUUGGAGCAAAGAUCUAAUGAGGAUGUUGCAGAAAGUAGUAGAUCUUUGGAUGCAAAAUGUUCAGAUUCCAACAGAAGAUUAGGGAAGAAAGAAAAAUCACCCUGUCUCGUUUUAAAACCAUUAGUUGAAUCUGCUAAGAUUCGUCGGUGUUCAGAAAAUGCAACUGUAGGAGUGGGAUCCUGCAGUAUGAAAUUGAGCUCCAGAUCAAUUAAGGAACUAUCUAGACAUCCCAGAUAUAGACUUGGAGAAAAUUCAAGCAAAUCUAGAGGCAUCACCAUGAGCCCUUCACAAACUUUACCGGACAUGUCAUCGAGGUCCAAGGAGCAUGGCAUGAAUAAUCUUGGACAAGCAGAUGCAUCUGACCUUCUCAUGUCAAAUCUCAACUCUGCUACUUCUGCAAUUGGCAGAAUCGAAAAUGUUUCAAGGAGAUUCGUUAGAAGUGGUGGGUCCAGAGGCAAAAGCAUUACCUUAUCCUCUAAGGGAGCAAAUUCAGGUUCAUCAAGCACGGGUUCUUCAAGUCUGAGUGUAACUCUUCGAGAAAAUUUAACUUCUCAUCAAAAUUCAAGAGGUUCCAGAAAUAAGUCUGCCAGUUUGAGUGUUGCUUCAGUUAGAACAAGGCAUGCACCUAAUCCUAGUAUUAGAACAAGACCCUUAGGGCUAGUAGAUCGGUCUGGGCCUAUGCUAACAGAUCCUCUAAGCGAAUUACGAACUGGCCAAAGAUCAUCAAGAUCAUUAAGAGAUGGCUAUCCACGCUUAAACACUGAAAGUAUUGCUGAGGUGCUGUUGGAACUUGAGAGUGAACAAGAUGAAGGUUUGACAUACGAGCAAUUAUCAUUCCUUGGAAAUCAUUUGUUUUUGGAUAGCCUGAUCCAUGACCAAUACAGAGACAUGAGGAUGGACAUCGAUAACAUGACAUAUGAGGAGUUAUUAGCACUGGGAGAGAAAAUAGGCACGGUAAGCACGGCCCUCACAGAGGAAGCUUUAUCGAAAUGCUUGAAGAGGAGCAAAUAUGUGCCUAUUUCUUCGAUACCCGGAUUGUCUUCUCUCAGUGAAAGCAAUGCCAAAUGCACUAUCUGCCAGGAAGAAUGGAUGGUUGACGACGAGUUGGGCACAUUGGGGUGCGAGCAUUUCUACCAUGUUCAAUGUAUCGACCAAUGGCUUCGGUUGAAAAACUGGUGUCCCAUCUGCAAAGCCUCAGUUUCUCCUACCUCAUGAACACAAAACCGCUUGUAGUUUACUUCCCCAUAGAAGAAGCAGACUUCAAGUUUCCAUUGCUCAUUGAAAAUUCUCAACAUUUUGUAGAUAACGAACAUUCUUGUCGAUUUUUUUCUCUCUCUCUUUUAAACAUAGAUAUUCUCAAUAAUUCAAUAGAUACAUUUGAUUCUUCUUGUCGAA